AUGCUUGGCUUGCGAUCUUCAGAUGUUCCAGAAAUCAAGAGUACCAAUUUGAUAUUGAGUAAACCGAGCAAUUUGCAUGUACCGAGGCUGAAGUCAAUGUGGAUAUUCAGCCUGCAGGGAUCCAGUUUCCCGAGCAACACCCCACCAAAUUUCGUCAACACGGCCCACCCAAAUUAUCAACGGUUCACCACCACACGUGGCGCAUCUUCAACACCGCGACCAGAAGUCAAUUCACCACCCGGCACUCGGCACCGAAGCCAGACUCAACCUGCUGGUGCCCCCGCACUACAACCCCCUCCCCGAUCUUCCCAUCUACCCCGAAAGCCGCCAAUUUCCCCUCGAAAACCACCUCGACGUCCGGCGCACCUCGCGCUCCCCCCUAUCCGGACCGCCAUCAUGUCCUACAACCCCCGCAUGUCCAUCAUGCCCGGCAGCCUCCCCCCCGGCUCCGGCGCCGGCGCCUCCUCCAAAUCCCGCGCCGCCAAAAGAGAAGAAGAAGCCGCCUACGCCAACAUGCGCCUCCCCGACCGCGAGAUCGUCGGCUGCAUCAACGAGCUCGGCAUCUCUUUCACGGUUCAAGACCUCCAAAAGCCAAACCCGAUUCAAGUCCAGAUGAUCUUUGAGUGGUUCGGCGAGCUCCUCAUGAACAAGACCCGCGCCACCGUCGACCCUGCCAUGCGCGCUGCCGCCGAGGACAUCGUCGGGGUAGACCUCUGCGAUGCGCUCAUGCCGGCCGAUACGAGGAACCUGUUGGGUUUUUUCAGGAACUUGAGGAUACUGAUGGAGCAGUGCGGGGUGCAUGAUUUCAAUUUUGGGGAUCUGUACAAGCCGACGCAUGAUCGGUUGGUCAAGUUGUUGAGUUAUGUGAUUAAUUUUGUGAGGUUUAGAGAGUCGCAGACGAAUGUGAUUGAUGAGCAUUGCAAUCGCGCGGAGCAGACAAAGGCGCGGAUUGAGCAGCUGUACCAAGAGAAUCAGAACAUGGAGGGGCAGCUGGAGGACAUGAAGUUCACGAGAAAACAGAUGGAGGUGCAGGUGGCGGAGAAGACGAAACGGAACGAGGAGCUGAAGCACAAGUUGCUUGAGCUGAGGAAGACGCAGGAGAAGGUCGCCGCGAGGUGGGAGGAGGCAAAGAUCAAAAAGGCGGAGAUGACGAAGGAGCUGGAGGAUAAAACUACGACAAAGGUGAUGCUGAAGCAGGAGAGCGCGAAGCUGAAGCCGUAUACGCUGCAAAGUCCGUCGGCGCUGCAGAGCUCUUUGACGGAGUUGAGCAAUACGCUCAAUGGGGACAAGGCUCAUAUUGAUAGCCUUGACAGAAGGGCGAGGGCGCUGCAGACGUCGACGGACUCGUUUACGGUCGUGACGGGGGAUGUGGCGAGUUGUAUCAAGCUGCUGGAGGAGAUUGGGGUGGAGCUGGCAAAGGAGGAGGAGGAGAACGCCAAGAACGCGAAGCAGAGAGACGCGCUUACUGAGCGUGGAGCUAGCGUCCGCGAGGUUGAGCGGACGGAAGCCCUUCUCCAGAGGCAACUGGCCAAGUGGGUGGAAAGGACUGAGACGUUGAGAGCGCACAGCCAAGAAAAGGCUCAGCGGGCGAAGGAGUCCAUGGAGGAGCUGAGGGCGGUACACAAGAAGCUCACAGAGGAGAGGUCAGAGAAGGGCAAGGAUAUUGAGAGGAGGAGAGUCAGGAUCGAACAGAUUGAGAAAAAGGUAUGUUCCAGAUUGCACUCUUACAUAGUCAUCAGGCUAACGCUAACUGUUCACAGAUGCUCGACCUCAAAGAGAAUAUCGAAAACGAAGUGCGGGCUGCGUAUGACGAGUACCUCAAGAUGGAGUCUCAUAUCAAGCUGUACAUCACCGAGAUGGAGCAAGCCCUCUAAGGAGCCCUUGCUGAUUUCACGUGUCAUCUUGUUUGUUUACACACACACACACACAUAUAUAUAUAUAUAUAUAUGGUAA